GACAUUUGACAUUGACAGGUGCAAAAAAAGGAUGUACUCACUGAUAUGAUUCGGUGGCCAUGUUGUUGAUAUGCUGAUGAGGAAAAUAUGGCACUUUGGGCUAAAGUACAACAACUUCCACCGGGAAGUUUGCAACAAAUCUACGGUGAUGUCUUUCCAAUCGAAGUAAGACAUUAUCUCGCUCAAUAUAUAGAAGAAAAAUUUUGGUCAGAUAUUGAACCACAACCUGAUAAUCCUCAACAUGAACAAUACAUUGCAGGUUUGAUAGAUUCUUUAAUAACUGAAAUUGAAAACAAAGCAUCAGUUGUUGGUGAUUCUGAAUAUUUUCUAACAAAACUCAAACUUGCUGAAGCAGCUAAACUGUUUAGGGAGAGGUACAGUUCUUGUCCCAUUCAGCUCUUCACCUUGAUACGUAGUUGCUUAGCUGCAGAAAUGAGGUUAGUUCAAGCUGCAGGUGUUGACAGUCUGACUGGUUUACCAAAUUUAAUGAUAUCCAAUAGCGGGGCGGAAGUUUUACAAAAAGUGAAUGUAUUACGCAGCAGAACUCAGAGUACUGCUGAAGAUUUGAGAAAAAUGGAACAAGAAUUGGAGUCCUUUGCUUUGCAGUAUCACGAAUGUCAAAAAAUUAGUGCACAUUUGCAACAACUCACGACACAGCCGACUGCUCAACUUCCCUCUAACGUACCGAAACUUCAAAAACAAAAGGAAAUGUUGGAACAAAAUUUGAACCAGAAGUUAGCUGCAUUAUUACAAUUACGUUUAGCUUUGGGCGAAAAACUAAAAGAGACUUAUCAAUUACUUGCUCAACUACAAACGAACGUUUUAGAUGAGGAACUCAUUAAAUGGAAACGUGACCAACAAUUGGCUGGAAAUGGCGCUAAUUUUAAUAGCAAUCUGGAUACUAUACAAGAAUGGUGUGAAAGUCUGGCCGAAUUGAUAUGGUUGAACAGACAACAAACUAAAGAAGUGGAAAGAUUGAAACAACGAGUACCAAUGGUGGAUCCACCUGUUGUUGCUGACGUAUUACCUCAUCUGGUACAAGAAUUUACACAACUACUUUCUACAUUAGUCACAUCAACUUUUAUCAUUGAAAAACAACCACCUCAAGUAAUGAAAACUAAUACCAGGUUUACAGCAACGGUACGACUUUUGGUAGGAGGUAAACUCAAUGUUCAUAUGACACCACCGCAAGUAAAAGUGACGAUAAUAUCGGAGUCACAGGCGAAUAUGCUUUUAAAAAAUGAUAAAUUGGGCAAAAGUGGUGAAUGUUCUGGGGAAAUUUUAAACAAUACUGGUACAAUGGAAUACCAACAAAGCUCAAGACACCUUUCGGUCAGUUUUAGGAAUAUGCAAUUAAAAAAAAUUAAGAGAGCAGAAAAGAAAGGAACUGAAAGCGUUAUGGACGAAAAAUUUUCCCUGUUAUUUCAAUCACAGUUUAGUGUUGGAGGAGGGGAACUGAUGUUUCAGGUGUGGACGUUGAGCUUGCCAGUGGUGGUUAUUGUUCACGGUAAUCAAGAACCUCACGCUUGGGCUACUGUUACUUGGGAUAAUGCAUUCAGUGAACCUGGUAGAGUUCCAUUUGCAGUACCUGAAAAAGUACCUUGGAAUAAGGUAGCGGAAACUUUGUCACUUAAAUUCAGGGCAGCUACUGGUCGUGGUCUAACAGAGGACAAUUUGAGGUUUUUAGCUGAAAAAGCUUUUAGGGGUAAUUUCAAUGAAUCGAGUAAUUCGUUGCUAACUUGGGCGCAAUUUUGCAAAGAACCGUUAAGUGAGAGGAAUUUCACGUUUUGGGAAUGGUUUUAUGCUAUUAUGAAGCUCACCAGAGAACAUCUUAGGGGACCUUGGGUAGAUGGUGCCAUAAUGGGAUUUGUAAGAAAAAGACAGGCCGAGGAAAUGUUAACGUCAUGUUUAUGUGGGACUUUCUUAUUAAGAUUUUCCGAUAGUGAAUUAGGAGGUAUUACAAUUGCUUGGAUUUCAGAUACUGGUGAAGUGUUUAGUUUGCAACCUUUCACUUCCAAAGAUUUUGCUAUACGAUCACUUGCCGAUCGUAUAGCGGAUUUAAAUCACUUGGUCUAUUUAUAUCCGGAAAUUUCUAAAGACAUCCCGUUCGGAAAAUACUAUACACCAUAUCAAGAUAAUCCACCUUCCGCAAACAAUGGUUACGUUAGACCACAAUUAGUGACGCAAAUACCAGGAUUUACUGGUCUACAUACUUAUCCAAACACACCUCAGCAUAUGUUACAGUCACCAGACCCUUCUAGAGAUACACCUUCUGUAGCUAGUACUACUUACGCUGGUUCGGUGGCGACUACAGUCAACACACACAUGGGAAACAAUGCGACCGGUAUGGAUUACCUCAACGAGUUGGACGAUCUGAAUGGUCUGGUCAAUUUCGAGCUGAUGAACUAUAAGCAGUGAAAAAACGGACAAACGAAACUUCAUUAUGUUUUUGUUUUGUUUAUUUUUAACAAUCAUCUACUUUAUGUCGAUUUUUAAGGUAGGACGUUUUUGUUUUUUUUUUAUUUAUUAGGAUGGUCCUUAGAAGUUGUAGUAAAGUAGAAGUAUAUUUUAAAUAAAAUAAAUCACGGUUUUAAAUUGUCGAUUUUUCAAAAAUGAACUUUGAAAUUGUUGCUUUUAUUAUUAUUUAAUAGAAUUUUAUGAAUGGGUUUCAUCGCAAUGAUUUUAGUGAAAAGUUUUAACAAAAAUUUUGUUUCUAUAAUUACCGUGAUCCCCUUUACCUACUAUUUAUUGUGUAGGUAUGUUAUGACCCCCCCCCCUAAAAUCAUUUUUGACAAAAUAUAAUCAUCAUUAGCGUCCAAAAAAUCGUCCUAUAAACCUUUUAGGUAAAUUUCUAAGGACUACAAUUUUUAUGUAUAGUUACAAUAUGUUGUACAUUUUUAUUUUAGCUAGAAAGGUUGAAUAUAACCAGUGUUUAUAUUAAAUAUGGUUAAUAUUUUUUUUAUAUAUAUAUGUAUACAUAUUUUACCAUCGCCUUUUUGUGGCGAUUAAUUUGGUAGAUUGUAUUGUACUGAAACAUUUAUUUGUACAAAUUUUCGUACUGGAUGGAAAUUAAAAAAAAAUUACAAGAAAAAACAUGAAAAAAUAACAAAUAUUAUAUACAAAAUUUAACCAUAGAGUUCUCAUCUUUGUUGAUUAUUUUGUUUUUUAUUAAUUUGAGGUGGCUUUGGUGGAUUUUUCUAAUAUUCAAUUGAUUUUUGGUCAGUAUAUUGCUUUUAUUUUGAUUUUUUAUUCACAUUAUAUUUUUUGUGCCAAUAAAUCCAUGUCAGGUGUUAAUGAAUUUAUUACAGAAAAAAUUCCAAUCGACUUGAAUUGAUUUUAAUAUAUUUUAGUUAUUUCUAAAUAAAUUUUCCCUAAUUUUUUUUAUUCUAUAGAUAUCAUCAACGUUUUAAUAGAAAAUAAUCCCAGAGUACUAAAUGGAGAUCAGUUAGCAUACAUCCUACAGAUCUAGUAAUGUUUUUCACUCCUUAAGUUGAUUUUCCAUUGGUUUCACUAAUUUUAUAUUUAUUUUAAUAUUGUUUUAAAUAUUUUUUUCAUAUUGUUUCAAUUGAUAGGUUAAUUUCAUGUGGUUUCUAUUGACCUAAUGUCUGCUGUGCUUUCUAAGGAUUCUAUUAAUUUUCUCUUUAUUUUUUUUUUCCAUUGAUCUUAUUUUUCAUAAUUGAUUCGAGUUGGUAUCGUUUGAUUCUUCGAUUUGUACUUUCUUAGUAAUUUAAGAGAAUAAAAUAUUAAUAAAAUUCAUUUAUUUUCAAUAUAGUUUGUUUUUCAAUGGAUUUAAGACAAUUUUAACUUAUUUCCAAAUAUUUUCAUCGGUCUUAGCUCUUCUGUUGGUUAACUAGAAAUACUUUCAACACAAUUUCUUUGGGCUUACAUGUUUUUCAUUGCUUUUAAUAAUUUUUUAUCGCAUUCAAUUGUUAAAUGUUUUAUUAGAUUUGAUUUUCGUUCGAUUUUCAAGUCUCUAUAUAUUCAACUUUUUCUUUUAUUAAAAUCACUUCUUAUAGUCUAAUUAUGACUUCUAGACUUUUAAUUUUGUGUUUAAAUGAUGUAUUAUUACUAAAAACCAAAAAUAAUUGGUAAAUAUUGACAAUAAAUUGAAUACAUAUCAUUACUGCAACGAUUUUGUCAAUAUCAAAUCGAUAUAUAUCUUCUAAAAGACUUUUUAUCCUUUGAAGUUAUUUACAAUUUACUUCUAAUUCAGUUAUAUUACAGUACAAUCGCCAAAAUGUCGCUAAAGGCAUGCCAUAUAAUGUUUUAACAUUUUUUUUAUUGAUAAAUUUCAAUUUUCAUAACGUUAAUACAAAACAUAGAUAUAAACAAUAGAUUCUAGUUGAUCUGAAUGAAAUUACAACAAAAACUGAUUUUCAUUGAGUAUUUAACAUCUAAAUUGGAAACAUUUUAAUAACCUUGUGAACACCUGGUUUACUCUCUAAUCAUAAUAUGAAUGAUUUUAAUAAAAUACAAUUUUUCUUAGCCAAAACAUGUGAAGUUAAGCCACGUAAUGGUUUCCACAUUCUUUUUGUGCAUUGUAACAAUCCCUAUUGUCUUUUUAUUUUAUUAUAUCCAUAAUUUUUCCCCAUAUUGACCCUAUCCUUCGCAUCUUUCCAUUACUUAUUCUUCUCAAGUAUCUAGUCCUUCUAACCCAUUUGAUCUUCUGCGUUCAGGAUCCCACUUUAACAUUGACAAGGCUGUUCCUUCAAAAAUACUAUACUACUAUACUACUAAUUUUUAUAAUUCACUUAUCACUUAACUAACUUUAAUAAUUUAUUUCAAUUUUUCGAUUACUUUCUAUUUCAGUCUGUUCACUACGACUAUUUAUUAUAAACUAACUAAACUGCACUAACUCCUUAUAUUUGUCCUAAAAGAAUUCUAAAAGAACAAUGUAAAUAGACCGCCUGCUGUAAUAAAAUGUUAUAUGAAAAACAAACACCUAAUUUUAGAAUUCCACUAAAUCCAUACAGGGCCGGAACCAUUAACACUAGAAACACUAACAUUCAACAAUUAUACUGUGUCUAGUCUUUCGAGUAGGGUAUCAAUCAACAAUUUCAUGUAGUUUCGAAAGAUAAAAAAGUGUAAUUUUUGCUGUAUUACAGUUUACAAUCUAAAUAACGAUCAGUGUUUGUUGUUUUUUCCAUUUGUUGUAUCUAAUUUCAGUACAAAAUAGUGUCAUCAUUUGUUUUUUAAAAAGAUGUGCAAUAUCGAUAUAAUUUCAUCGUUUGAUCAUUGUUCAUGGUGCUUUUUUUAAUAUUGUAGUUUAAGUGAUUUGUAACGAUUCAAUUUUGUUCCAAAUUAAUUUUUUUGAAAAAUUGUGCAAUUCUAUAUUUUUAGACGGACAUAUUUUAUGCUUUUGAUGCACUUUUUAUAAGAGUUUUAGACAAUCGAAAAUGUUAAUAAAUUCUAUAUAUGAUAAACUAUCAUCAUUGUCAAAAAAAACUUGUAGACAUAAAGUUACCCUUAUAUUUUCAGUAAAAUUGUUAUGUAGUAUUUUAUGCUCAUCUUUCUAUUUCUUUUUAAAUUUUGUUUUACACCGAUUUUCCUAUAUGUACUUACUAUAUAUAUGUACUCGAAAAUGAAAUGAAAAGACUUACUACCCCACAGAGUACACUCCAACCCCUGGGGGUUGCAGAGAUAUGAAGAUAGUUUCUUAUAAAACGAAAUUAUUUAACAUGAAAGAAGCAAAACGACACAAUGUUUUCCGUUACAUUUAAUCCAGAAUGUUUUAAUCAUAAACCCAUGUGGAAAAGAUUUUCAGCGUUGGGGUAAACAAUGAAAAAAUAAAACAUUAAAUAUGCAAGGAAAAGCUCAUACUAAUGUACAUGGAGCGAAACAGGUGGUAAUUCAAAAUUUUCUUGGAGAGAGGACAAUGGAAAGUACAUUUAAAUGGAUGUAGUUUGAUCACGGUUUUCUACCAUUGGGAAUUAAAGAAAAUCGAUAUGGGAAGCUGACAAAUGGAAACUGUCAAUUUUUUUACCAGAGAAAAUUUAUGAAAAUUGAUUUGGGAAGUGAACAAAUGGCAAUUUAUGGUUUUGUUUAAUCAGAUUGAUAUGUGCUACGGGAACAGAAUAGUUGGUCAUUCAGUUAUUUAUCAAUGGCAGUUUAUGAAAAUGAGUUUAGAAAGUAUUACAUUAAAGUAAAAUCAAAAAGUCCACCGAAGAUAUUAAGAUUUGAUUAUUCGUAAGAAGAACGCUUCAAAAGUAUCUUAACCGCAUCAAAAACACGAUAGAUUCUCGUGGUUGUAAUCUUUGUUGCUUUGAAUUUUGAAAAUUCCGUUCAACAUUCAUUUUGACCCACUUCUUGACAUGGCGUCCACCGCAAUGAUUGUAGAACUUCCAAAAGAGUAUAUUGGCCAAAAUUAUGACUGUAACUGAAGCAAUUACAAUCUUUGUUCAUUGUUUUGUGCAUCUAAAUCACAAGCAAAGCAACAACACAUUACCAUAACAGCUUUUAAAAACAAAACAUGUCUAGUGGCGCCAUCUAUAUUCGUUUUUACGAAAAUGCGAUUAAUUCGUUUUAACAGCUGAAAUGUUCAUUAUUCUUUAUUUCAGAUCUAGUGUUUACCAUUUUUUUUAGGUUAGAAAUUCCUUUCUUAUUUACUAUUUAUAGUUUAGUUAUUUUUAAAUCACACUAUGUAUAAAUACAACCAUCAAAAGAAAUCUAUAAUCGAUUCUGACAAUGAGAUAGUUUAUAUACAAAGUGAUCCAUAAUUAUGUACAUUAAUUUCUACGUAGUACUUUUUGAGCACUUUUUUUAUGGUGAAAAAUAAGGAAGAUACAUACAACCCUUCAAAUCUUUUGAGAUAAAUUAAUAUAUUUUAUUUUAUCUCGCAAUGCAUUCAAACCCAUAUGAAUUCAGGGAUGUUUUUAAGGGUCAAAUGUAGAUUGUUAAAUUUUUAUUACAGGAAAAUAUAUUUUUGAAAAAAAAACUGAAUUAUUAUAAUAGAACAUUUUUAUAAAUAAUUGAAAUUUAAAAAAAAUGUGAUGUAAAUAAUUAUUCAACCUUAUAAGCAAGAUUCUUUUCAUAUUUAAUGAGUGACGACAUGAAAUUAAAUUAUGUAUUAUGAUAAUCAUAAAAAAUAAGGCUCUAAAUUUAUCCUUUCAAAGGAUUAUUCAGUUUAAAAAAAAAAGUGUUAAUUGUGGAAAUAAAUUUACAUAAUAUUGUACCACAUGGUAUAUAAAAAAAAAUCUAUAUCUGUUCACGUUUUUUAUUAGAAUGUGCCUCUUCUAGAUCAAUUAUUUCUAUUUUCUAAAUGUGAUAAUGGAAAAAAACCCCGUGCGUAUACGAAAAAAAUCAAACGACUUUUUGGUGUUUAAAAAAAAUUGAUAUCGUUUGGUUUCUUUUUAAUAAAUUUAUAUUAAUUUGUGAAGGAUUUAAAAAAAAUCAUAAAGAUAAUGAAUUAUUUAUUUGAGAUAUACAGUGAGGAUUACUAAAAAAAUUAUCGGUAGGGGCGUCGCGGAUUAAUGAGAUCUCACUAUAUAUUUGAAAAAAAAAUGUCCAGAUUAUGUACAAAAAAAAGAAAAAAAUUGGAGCUGGGAAUAAUUACAUAUUUUUUUUAUUUAAACAUAAUUAUAUUGAAUUUCAUUUAUUUUAAAACCUGAAAUUCAACAAUACCAUUAUUUUCUUCUUUUUUAUUAUAAUUAAACGAUUUCUAUAUAUACAGUGUGUCAACGACUAGGCGAAUCGUCUUUUAUAGCAUAAAAAAAUUAACUGCUGUGGGUCCCCAUUAGGAUCGUGUACCAUAAAUUUCAACGUUUACAACAAUAAAUCAGAGUCAGUGAAUGAACAAAGUACAUUUUCUUUGGAAAUCAAAAUUCUGUAUUUAAAUGAUGUAAAUAAUUAUUUUUUAAAAUUUUCAAAAACUAAUUUUGUCUUCAAACAACCAGGAUGUUUAUAGCAGUGGUUUGACCUAAUCGAGCGCACAGUUUUUGUAAUUAUAACCAGUUUUGUGAUAUAAAAUAUCUAGUGAUAUAUAUAUAAAACGAAAGAAAGGGAAUUACUCAAAAUUGUGAUUGUUAAGGGUGGUUCUACUGAAUACAUCGGAUUAUCGUUACGCCUCUUGUCCUUCCUGAAUGAAAAACUGAAAAAUUGCGAACCGAACACGUUUUCUUUCGGCGUUGACUUGAUACAAUAUUCAAUAACAAGAAAUAUUCUUCUUCAGAACUAUUUAAUAAAAAACUAUACUAAACAGCUGAAUAUUGGAACUAGAAGCUUUCGCACCGUUUGGUACGAACAAUGUUCGUAUGAAUUCGUUCCCAGUGGACAAGAGGCUUUAUUGCGCUAUUUUAAUAUUGCAAAAAAAUAUUUGUUUAGAGGAUUUUUGUGGCGACUAUAAAUUUUUGUCACCUUGAGCAUUUUAAUCUACAAAUUACUGAUCGUUUGCUCACAUAAAUAUCAAGGUGCCUGCAGGAUAUUGUCCCGAGGAAGGGGCAACUAGGUAUACAGUUUUUUUGAGAAUAUGAAAUACCCCAAGGAGGGGUUCCAAAAGCUUUUCAUAAUAAAUGCAGAUUUAUUUAUUUUGGAACUAAAAAAAUGGAAUUUUUUUAUACUUCUGAAUUUUGGUCACUUCUUGUUCGGCGGGCGCCCUUGCAACUCCCCAUUUAGCUGAAAUUUGUUUUUGCAUAUCUUUUUGAAAAAUUACUUAUAAUAUAGUUAGUUUGAAAUAGAUUAGAUUUUUUCUGUGUAAAAAAUUUCUAAGCCAAACUUUUUCUCAAUUCUAUGCAAAGCUCAAAAAAUGUUUUUUGAAAAUUUUUGAAAAACUAGAACCACCCAUGUAGAUAUUAAAAAAAAUAAAUCCCCCAAAUACAAAAUAUUUUUAAUAAUAGAUUUUGGGUAUAUUAUAUAUAUACGAUCACUAUAAUACAGUGUUAAUCAAAAAUACAAUUAGCAAAUCUUAUUGGCAAUUAUUUUCUUUUAAAUAUAGAUAUAAGUGAAAAAAAAAAUGAAACAUAUCAAUUAGUACGAGUACCAAUUGUUACAAAUAUAUAUUUGCGUACGUGGUUAUUACUGAUGAUAUUCGAUACGUCAAAUGGGUUACCUGGUAACCAACAUGACUACCUACCCACCCUAUAAACUAGUGUAAAAAGUUCAAACUAAUUUAUAGCAAAAUUUUGUUGAAAAAUAAUAUUUGGUAGAGAUAAGACGUUUGUUCUUGGUAGCUGCACUGGCAGAACUAGUUUAGGAAGUGUACACUAAAGCGUUCUUUGUAGCAGAACCAGCGCUAAUGUCGCUGUUCUUAGUAGCAGUGCAAGAGAACUAGUUCACACUGUAUUGCAUGUAUUCGGUUUAGAAUCAGUUCAGGCAGCCAAAUAUCAAAAAGUACUAAAUCGUUUUCCAUUAUUGUUAGUACUACAAUCACUUAAUUACAACAAAUGCUCUAUUGCUCUCUGCACUAUAUCGAUCCUUGUAUCCGAUCGAACUAAUUCUAAAUACUCAUGAAGUGGCUUGCACUGGUCCAGUUCAGUACAGUUACCAAGAACAAAUCUAAGUACAACCGCGAUAUAUGAAGGUACUAUAAACGUGUAGAAAUCUGAAAUCAGAUGGAAAAAAGAUCCCAGAACUCGAGUCAACCUAUAAGAGAACACGGUAACUUUGUACUUUAUAAGCAAGCGCGGAGUUAUACAUCGGGGACAGUUGUAGAAAAAACGAAGGGCCACUCCAAUUAAAUUUUUUCUUGCCGAAGUGAUUGGAAAUGGUUUAUGUACCUUAGAUACAUUAUGAGCUCUCAACCGCGACAACCAGAGUAUUUGACUAUCGGAGUUUCUUAACUUCUUAACUUUCAAAAAGAAGACUUCCCAAAAUUUCCCUUAGACCCUGGUUUAGACGAAGAAAAAUGCACGAUGAGGACCUGUUGGAAUGAUGGGGCAUGGCGGAAUAUCUAUUCGUGGACUUAGUCUCGUUCUACAUCACUUUGGUAUCUAGCUCCUUCGUCUCAUCAUCCGUAUUCGUGAACAGCACACUUACAUAGUCGAAGGACUCUACUUUUUCCCCUUUCCGUUCUGGAAAGUCUGUUUUCCACUUGUUUCUUCCAUUAUCGUUGCAUUAGUCUUUUGGGCCAUUUACCCCGAGUUCGAAUCUUUUUGAUUCCUUUCCCAGGAUCUGGUUAAUAAUACAAUACAGGGUGGAAAAUUAACCACAUCUUUUAGAUUAUAAUUACACAAUAAACAACAAUUUACGCUCAAUUUCAAUACAUAUAAACGUAUCAGAUACUACUAUCAACUUGUUUAUCUAAGCUUAAUAGUAAACAAUUCACUUUUUAUUUAAUUAUACACCUUAUUUGUUUAAGUAAAUUCCUAAAUAUAUAAUAACUUACUUUUAAUUGUUUAGUACUAUUACGAACAUAAUUUUUUAUCAACCUUGUCCUCGCGUUAGUUCAUAUUGGUCUUUUUGACCUUCGGGGUUGAUAACGACCACAAUUUGACAACGCCGCAUCUCUUUCGUAUUCAACAAUUACAAACUACAACAAUCUUUACCGUUCGAAAGACGUUAACAAAAUGAAAUCUUUCCUAACAGAUUAUGGAGUACAUCGAUCUCGCGGUUGUACUUAUUAUCACCAAAUAGUAUAAUGUACUAUCCGCACAAACAUGUGAAUUAUGAAAUUAAAGAAUAACUCUGUAUUAUAAAGAUUUAAAAGAUGUUUUCUUUGUUCGCUUCUUCAUGUUUGUUCUUAGUAUAGUGUGUUAUAAUUCGAACUUUGCAAUAUCUUUAGCGGAUACAAUCAAUUAUGUUUUAAUUGGCAAUAAAAUGAUCACACGGAA